GGUUAGAAUAUAGACUGCAAUCAUGUUAGCUCUUAUUAUCACUGUAAUAAUUUUGAGUCUAAUUUAUUACUUAACAAUAAGUAAAUUUAAUUAUUGGAAACAAAAGCAAGUGCUAUAUCCAAAACCAAUACCUUUAUUUGGAAAUUUUAAGGAUUACUUAUUACUGAGGAAAUGCAUUUUUGAAGUGGCCGAUGAUAUUUAUCAGAAGUACCCCAACGAGCCUUACGUGGGAGUCUUUUACGGCACUGAACCUACACUUAUUGUAAAGGACCCGGAUUACAUCAAGCUGAUACUUACAAAAGACUUUUAUUAUUUCAACAGCAGAGAAAAUUCGGGAUAUCACGAUAAGGAAGUAGCCUUAAGAAAUUUAUUUUUCACAAGUGGCGAUGAAUGGAAGAUUGUACGUCAAAAUUUGACACCCGUUUUCUCAUCAUCAAAAAUGAAGAAGAUGUUUCACUUAAUUGGCAUAUGCAAUGGUGAGUUUGAAAAAACUCUAGAUAAAAUAGCAAAUAGCACUGAUACCGAUUUGAGAACUUUAAUAGCUGGUUAUACAAUUGAUUGCAUCAGCUCUUGUAUGUUUGGAGUAAACUCUGAAGCAAUGAACAAUGAAGUAAAUAUCUUUCGAAAAAUGGGUGAAGCAAUAUUUGAUAGCUCAACUUUAAGGGCGUACAAAAAUAUAACUAGAACUAUCUGGCCUGCAAUAUUCUAUAAUCUAGGCCAACGACUUGUCGUUGUGGAAGUUAUGGAUUUUUUCCAAAGUUUGAUUGAAAGUGUAUUUAAAGAAAGGGAGUACAAGGAAUCAAAUAGACACGACUUAAUAGAUUUCAUGAUUAAUUUGAAGCAAAAGAAAUACAUACACGGUGAAAGCAUUUCCAAAAUGUAUGAGCAACCAAAGACUAUAUCACAUAAAGUUGAUGAUGAUUUAAUUACAGCGCAAUGCGCUUCUUUUUUUGGAGCUGGACAUGAAACCUCAUCAACGAUUCUGGCCCUGACACUUUUUGAAUUAGCAAAAAAUCCAGAGGUUCAAGAUAAAGCUAUUGCUGAAGUGGAUGCAUAUUUCAACAAGAAUGGCAAUCUUUUUUACGAGUCUGUUCAUGAGACUCCAUAUCUUAAUGCCUGUUUUAAUGAAGCCAUGCGUUUAUAUCCUGUUCUGGGUGUAGUAACAAGGGAGGUAAUGGAUGACUAUACUUUACCAUCAGGCGUAAGUUUACACAAAGGGAUCCGAAUACAUAUUCCAGUAUAUAGCAUCCAUCGUGAUCCAAACUAUUUUCCUAAACCAUUGUGCUAUCAACCAGAGAGAUUUUUAGGUGAAGAAAAGCAAAACAUACUGCCGUAUACAUUUAUGCCUUUUGGAGAUGGACCGAGGAUUUGCAUCGGUAUGAGAUUUGCGAUGAUGAUGAUGACGUCUGCUUUGAUGACACUUCUGAGGAAAUAUAGCGUGGAACUCGCCGAGGGCAUGCCACGAGAGUUAAUUUAUGAACCAGGCGGAUUUACUACGCAGAUUGGAUUAAAGAUUCGGGUGAAACUUAUUCCGCGUCAGUGAACCGGAAAAAAAAUCUGGCUUACAACUGCAGUUGCAAGUAUUUUAUUAAAUAUAAAAUCACAACAAAAUACAUCGGUCCAUGAGAUAUCUAAACACAAAAUGUAAUAUGUAUACACAAAUUAUAUAAUGCACUCAUUUACAAA